GCCACUGAGUGCUUCUAAAUAUUGGUUUAAUAUAUUAAUAUUUUUCACGUGUUGAAAUGUACAAUCGAGUUUGAUUUUAUUUUAUAUGAACGUUGUGACAUCAUUUUACAUGAUUGUAACGAGUUUUAUACGUAUAUAUUCUUUUUGAGGGGACACGGCCGCCAUGAGUUAUUCCAAGUUUCUGGUAAAAUCACGGACUCCCAUUUAUCAGCAUAAGUUUGUUCUAUCCAUCUUUUUAAGGCUUCUGGGUGUCUCGAAACCCUAAUUUUUUGGGAGUAUUCUGGUGGAUAAAGAAACCCAAGAAUUCUUCAUGUUCUUGGAAAAUGACCUGAAUUGCCCUUGAAGCCAGGGAAGAUUUAGAUGAACUUACCAAUUCUUUUUUUCCAUCAAUAAACUGUAAUUUUCUUCUUGGUUUCGCGGGUUCAAAUUGUUACCUCGGUCUCGAUUUGGAGGGUGGGUAAUCUCUUAGCUCUCGAUUUGGCGGGUUCGUUAUCCCUAUAUUCUUAAUUUGGCAGCUUCUUCYUUACGCUGGCUCCAACGGCUAUAAGAACGGAGUCGCUUCUUCUUCUCUCCUCGUCGCCGCCAUCUUCAGUUCCCGUAGUCAGUCAACCAUCCAGGUUCUCUGUUCGCGUUCCAGUUCCAUCAUUAUGAGCAAUCUGGUUCAAGAAUCGUGUGAAGCCCAAAAGGGCGAAGACGAGGUGUUGGAUCCCCGUUUCUCGAUGCUGUGCCUCAACUCCUCCGGCGGCGGAGGCCAACAUCACUGUGCUUCCUGCGGCUUCCCUCAACCUCGCUCCGCCGCCAGUGCCACACCCAUGAAACGCCGCUCUCCCACGCCGUUUCAAGACCCCAACUCCACCUCCAAGAGGCUCUUUCUUGAUCCACAACACAAUCACAGUCAAGAUCUCCCCCACGCUUUCUCCAGGAUCGAUCUCCCCAUCCCUUUUGGGCCUUCAGCCCAAAUCCAGGUCCACUCCCCCCUCCGCCGCUCCCUUUCCGACCCUGACCCGGCCCAACACCUUAACGGACCCACUCUGCCUCCUCCGCCGCUGCCUCUCCGGCGUACUGUUUCUGACCCGAAUCCAUCUCCCGGCCCCGACAACAUUUCCGGAUCCCCAAAUAAGGUUGCCCCCACUAGAGACAGCCCUGAUUCCAAGAGGCUGACAGGGAUCAAGGAGCGAUUGAGGGAGAUGAAUGAGUUGUGGAAUGAACUCAUGAAAGAACACGAAGAACGGGACACAAAAAAGAGUGGUGGUUGUAAAGAUGAAGGGGAAGAAAGUGUGGGAGUGGAGAGGGUGGGAGAUUCAUUGGAGAUUCAUUUGAAGUGCCCAUGUGGGAAAGGCUUCGAGAUCCUUCUCAAUGGAACUAGCUGUUUCUAUAAGCUCCUCUAAAUAUUUCCCUCUAAAUAAUGUUUCUAUAAGCUGUUCUUUCAUUUUUUCAUUCCAUUUCUUUCUUUGUUUUUGUACAAUGCUUCAAAUUACCACACAGCUGUUGUUCAACAAAUAAUCAAUGGGUUCAA